UUUUAUUAUAUAAUUAGCCUCACUAUGAUCUCAAUCUUCACACCAACGUCCAAAAAAUAAAGAAAAAAAAAUCUCUUUUUGUUUUAAAAAAAUGGCGGGUGAAGAAACGAAAUCUGCAGCUGCUUUGCUUCUGGUGUUGAACUUCUGCAUGUAUGUGAUUGUUCUUGGGAUCGGGGGAUGGGCAAUCAACCGAGCCAUCGACCACGGCUUCGUCAUCGGGCCUGAUCUCAAUCUCCCGGCUCAUUUUUCGCCAAUCUAUUUCCCGAUGGGCAAUGCUUCGACGGGAUUUUUCGUGACGUUUUCGUUGUUGGCGGGAGUCGUGGGGGCGGCCUCUGCUAUUUCAGGGCUUAACCAUAUCCGUUCUUGGUCGGUAGAGAGCUUGCCGGCCGCAGCAUCGGCAGCAACUAUUGCCUGGACACUCACACUUCUUGCCAUGGGAUUUGCAUGGAAAGAGAUCGCACUUCACGUACGAAAUGCACGUCUGAGAACCAUGGAGGCCUUCAUGAUCAUACUCUCAGUCACUCAGCUUCUGUACAUUGUUCUUGUUCAUAGUGUGAGGAGGUGAAAAAGAUAAAAAAAAAUCUAUGGCUGAAUCUUGAUUUUCACCCCCAUUUUUUCGACGUUCAGUUUGUGUUCAAAUCCGAAACUCGGGUUUGAUUUAGUUUGGUUUGGUUUGGUUUGAUUUGAUUGAUUCGUAUUGGAAAAGUUCAUGUAUUGUUUGACGAUUUUUUUUUUU